ACCAAACGCAUAGAUUAUUAUAUUAUAUAGCUUUCCUUCAAAGUUAAGCUUAAACUAAAUUCACUAAUGUCCUCAAAAAUCAUAAUGAAAUGUUACAUUACAUUACACUCUUCCUCUGAAGACAUCAUAACAAAACACAAAUCAUUUACAUAAAGAUAAAGCUCUAGCAAACCACAUAAACCACCCACUACUGCAAUUUUCUCUUUACCAUAGCACAAUUAUGUUUAUUGUUUAUGUCUUCCUCCUCUCUCUGUGUUGCCUUCCCCACAUUGGUUUUUCAUCUCAUUGCACUACAGAAACGUCCACAAAAACCUUCCAAAAAUGUAUGAAUCUUCCCACCCAACAAGCCUCCAUAGCAUGGACUUUCUACCCUCAUAACUCCACCUUAGAGCUAGUCUUCUUUGGAACCUUCAUUUCACCUUCCGGGUGGGUUGGAUGGGGCAUCAACCCCACUUCAUCAGAGAUGACAGGAACUCGUGCUUUAAUAGCCUUUUCCGAUCCAAACUCAGGCCAAAUAGUGCUACUCCCUUACAUCUUAGACCCCACUGUGAAGCUCCAAAAAUCUCCACUACUCUCUCGACCCCUUGAUAUCCGUCUCCUCUCUUCUACUGCAGCUAUGUAUGGUGGCAAAAUGGCCACCAUACACAAUGGUGCUCCCAUCCAAAUCUAUGCCACAAUCAAACUAGAAUCAAACAAAACCAAAAUCCACCUUGUUUGGAACCGAGGACUUUAUGUUCAAGGCUACUCACCUACCAUUCAUCCAACCACGUCAACCGAUCUCUCUUCCAUUGCCACCUUUGAUGUACUUUCAGGUUCAUUUGCUCCUCAACACACAGACCUCACAAUGCUGAGAGUGAUUCAUGGCACGUUGAAUGCCAUCUCAUGGGGUAUUCUCUUGCCAAUGGGAGCGAUAACUGCACGUUACUUUAGGCACAUUCAAGCACUAGGUCCUGCAUGGUUCUAUGCUCAUGCAGGAAUACAAUUGUUUGCUUUCAUUCUUGGAACUGUGGGGUUCGCCAUUGGCAUUCGCCUUGGGGAACUGUCUCCUGGAGUGGAGUACGGACUCCACAGGAAGCUCGGAAUUGCUGUGUUUUGUCUCGGAGCUUUGCAAACUUUGGCAUUGUUGUUUAGGCCAAACGCUAGGAACAAGUUUAGGAAGUAUUGGAAAUCGUACCACCACUUUGUUGGGUACUCUUGUGUGGUGCUUGGGUUUGUGAAUGUGUUUCAGGGGUUUGAGGUGAUGGGAGUAAGCAGGUCCUAUGCCAAGUUGAGUUACUGUUUGGGACUUGCUACUCUAAUUGGUAUUUCCAUAGCUUUGGAGGUGAACUCUUGGGUUUUGUUCUGUAGGAAAUCUAAGGAAGAGAAGAUGAGGAGAGAGGGACUUAUCGGAACUUCUGACAAAGGGAGUAGUGGCAUCCACACUUGAGAGAGAAUACAUACAUUACAUCCGUGCUUUUCAGCUGAAAAUUUGUGGAAGAGAAUAUAUUGAUGUAGCUCCACUUUUUUUUAAGAGUAAAUCUUUUAAUUUGGUGCUGAGAAAUGUUGCUUGUGUUAUUUUAGUCCCCAAAGUUUCUUUUAUAAGGUGAGUUUGUUAGAAAGUGGAGAGUUUUGGGAUCAAAGUUGUAUAGAUGAAAAUCUGUGGAAAAAAGCAAGUAAUAUCUUUGAGGGACCAAAUUGUAUAUUUACUCGAUUUUGUUAAUUAUUAACCCAUUUAUCAUUA